AUGGCCACCACCACAGCCACCUCCACCACCACCACGGCCACCUCCUCCUCCAUAACAAUGUCCGCCAAUACCAAAAUCCCAGCAAGAACCGUAAGGCGAACCGCCCAAGACGAGGCAGCAGACCUCCAAACAUUCGAGGAGAACCGCCUCCGAGCGCCCUACGACGAGUGGCCAAACGAAGCAGGCUUUGACGGCCUCACCGAAGAACGCGGCCCCAUUGAGCUCCACGUCCAAGGCCAGAUCCCCGUCUGGGCCGCCGGCGCCCUCUACCGAACCGGCCCGGGCAGCUGCAAGAUCAAAGACACCCCCAAGGGCACCUACUACGUCUCCCACUGGUUCGACGGCUUCGCCCAGACGCACAAGUUUGACAUCCUCCCCCCCGACGCCCCCGGCGGCCGCACCCGCGUGCUCUACUCCUCCCGACGGCAGUCCGACGACCUCGUCGCCUCCAUCAAGGCCGCAGGCCACCAGAACCGCUACACCUUUGGCCAAAAAGCCGACCCCUGCGUCGGCCUGUUUGGCAAGUUCAUGGGCGUCUUUGCCCGCGGCACCGCCCCCAACAUCUGCGUCGCCGUCAAUGCAAACAUCCCCGGCCUCGACGCAAAAGAUCAAGGCCCCGCCGGUCCCGGCCACCGCAACGCCGUCCGCAGCCUCUGGCUCUCGACCGACUCGAGCCCGCUCAUGGAAAUCGACCCGGCCACCCUCGAGCCCAUCGGCCUCGCCAAGCAGGAGAAACUCCACCCGUCCCUCUCGGGCCCCAUGUCCUGCGCCCACGCCCAGCGCGACCCCGUCACGGGCGACUUGUACAACUUCAACCUCGCCUUCGCCAUGACGCCAACCUACCGCGUCUUCCGCACCAGCUUCGCGACGGGCGAGACGGACAUCCUCGCCACCAUUGCCGGACCGGACGCGAAACCGGCCUACAUUCACAGCUUCUUCCUGACAGAGUCCUUUGUCGUGCUCUGCAUCCCCUCGUCCCACCUCGGCUACAGAGGCCUCUCGGUCCCCUGGGAACGCAACAUCCUCGACGCCAUCGUGCCGUUUGGCCAGGCCAACACGUGCAAGUGGUACUUUAUCGACCGCCGCCACGGACACGGCGUCGUCGCCUCCUUUGACACCCCCGCAGGCUUCUUCUUCCACACCACAAACGCCUUUGAGGAGCCGGCGGCCGACGUCACCGGCACCGGCACCGGCACCAGCACCGGCACCAGCACCACCCCCAACGAGGAGGCCCUCGACGUCUACUGCGAGAUCGCAGGCUACCAGAACCUCAACAUCCUCUACAACCUCUACUACGACGUCCUCCUCAACCGCAACGCCGCCGCCCAAACAUUCUGGACAGACGACAACAAGCGCUACAAGAACAGCUACGCAACCCUCCAACGCUUCCGCUUCAGGAUCCCCAAGCCCUCACCGGCAACCACAUCGGCGCCCAAACCAAAGACGACGACAUCCCCACCACCCGAACUCGUCGUCUCGAUCCCGGCCCCGCACGCAGGCGAACUCCCCACAAUCAACCCCGCCCACCUCACCAAACGCCACCGCUACGUCUACAGCCUCGCGGACCGCGGCCUCAGCACCCUCCUCGACACAAUCGUCAAGACGGACGCCGACACCGCCGAGGCCCUCCUGUGGGAGUGUCCCACCGCCCACACCCCCGGCGAGCCAAUCUUUGUUCCCCGGCCGCCUCCCUCUUCGUCUUCCUCUGCUUCGUCCGCUGGUGACGGCGACGGCGGCAGCAGCGGGACCGGGGAAGAAAUGGCCGAAGACGACGGCGUCAUCCUCAGCGUCGUGCUCGACGGCACCGCGCAGACGAGUUACCUGCUCUGCCUCGACGCCAGAACCAUGACGGAGCUCGGCAGGGCCGAGUGCGGGUUUGCCGUCGGGAUCGGGUUCCACGGCAUCCAUGCUCCUUCGGGGCCCGGCGCGGAGUGA